GGUCUGAGGAUUGAAGAGGUAGAGAUUAAUCUGCUGGUUUGAGGAUUGAAGAGGUAGAGGUCGCUGAAGUGCUGAGAAGCAUCAAUCGCAUUGCUGUCAUGGAGGAGGUUGGCGAAGUAACUGUGACUGCGACAAACGAAGGAGGGCCAAGUGAAGAAGUGAAGAAUGGCUACAUGUUGUUUAGACGAGAAUUUCUUAAGGGUGGGGAGAAGUUUAAGAAUAUGUCUGAACAAGCGAAAAAGGCAUCAAAGGCAUGGAAGCAGUUGACACCAGAGGAGCAGAAGAAAUACAGUGAUAGGGUGAAGCAAUCAAGAAAGGAAGGGAUGAAGAAGAAGAGGAAGAAAAAAGUGGCUUUUAGCACUCGUUGCUCGGUUCGGCAAUUUAAGUCAUUAGUGGACUUCAUAAAAGAUGAUGAAGAUUUGAAAGUGAGGGUACAAAAUUUAGGCUUUGGCCAUUUACUUGACAUUGGAUGUGAGAGACUCCCUCGUGACCUCAUAGUAUGUGUUCUCCGAGCAUAUGAUCCGCCUACCCAUCAAUUUCUAAUAAGAGGGAUAAUAAAGGAAAUAGAAGCAAAUGAUGUUGCAAACUUGUUGGGUGUACCCCACACAGGGGAGAAGGUAAAAAUGGACGUAUGUGAUGAUGAUGAGACAUACCAGAGGUUGAAGGAGGAAUUUGGUAAAGUCCCUUAUACGAAGAUACUCAAUGACAUUAAAUCUGGGCAGAAGAAAGAUGAGUUUGAGUUCCUGUUUAUGCUGUACACACUUGGGAGUUUUUUAACUCCUACUUCACAAACAACUGUGAGUGACAAGCUAAUAAGAGUCAUGUGCUGUACCAUGAAGGGAUUUCACCAAUUUGAUUGGGCCACGUACAUUGUGAAGCACUUGUGGAAAGAGAUGGGAGAUUAUGUGAAAGUGUACACAAAAGCAAAGAAAGACGAAGAUGAAGAUGAAGGAAGCUGCAAUGUGGGAGGAUGCAUCUACCUCCUGUUGUUAUAUUUUGCUGAGCACUUCCCACUAUCCAAAACUGUUGAGAGAGGGUCCCUAAAUGCCAUUCAAUUCUGGACUGAUGAGAGGAUAAGGAAGCUGGAAAAGAAGGAGAGGGAAAGCAAGAGGGGUUUACUGUAUAAGGGCAAGGGAAGUAUGGAUAGAAGUGGGAAGGAUGAAGGAAAACGCAGAAGUGUGGCUCAUUUACACCCGGAGUUACAGAAGUUGCACGGACGAUUGAUGGCUCAGAUCGAAUUAAGCACUAGGAGGCUUAUAAGUGCAAUGGAAGAUGAGCUAGAUAAGGUGCAGAUAAGGAUAGAGGAAAAUAAUGUGACCACAGAUGAUGAGGACCCUAUUGACGUCCCAGAUGAUGAUAAGGGAGAUGAUGAUGCAUUUGGCGAUGAAGACCCCCAUGAUCAUGAUGGACAUGAGUCUGAUGACGAAGGUGAUGAUAGAGAUGAGUUCCACGGGGGAGAUGAUCAGGGAGACGAUGAUGCAACUGGCUCAGAUAGGGGUGAUGACAUUGGUGUUGCAGCAGAAGGUGCAGACAAAGAAAUUAUGGAGUCUCCCCUGCCCUUGUCCCCCAUGGACAAGGGAUGUCAACUCCGGAGAUCGCAAAGGGAGAUGAAAUCCGCUAUCAAUUCUCCAUGGAUUUUGACAAAGCCAACUAAGAGGCGAAAGAGGCCCAUGGAUGACAAGGACCGGUUUUAUGACAUAGUUUCCCGUAUGUGUUCAAGCAAGGAGGGUGACAUGCCUUUGGUGAAAAUCUCUGAUGAAGAUAUCACUCGGGAUCAGCUAAGGACACUUGGCGGAAUUGAGAAAAUAGGUAACCGGCUGAUGUCAACUGUGUGCAAGACUCUAAUGGCUGAUAUGGAGAAGGAAGGGCAGGUGAAGCGGCACAUUUUUUAUGCUGAUUUUAUGGCAAUAAUGGCAGCUAACCCAAAGCUGUGGGAUGCUACAAAACGGAAGAAACAAUUUUUACCUGAAAAUGUAGGCUACAACAUAGGAGAAUGUGAUUUGAUCUUUGGACCCACACUUGUUGGCGCUCACUGGUUCUGUGUUGUGCUUGAGCCUAGCACAAUGAAUUUCUAUGUGCUGGACUCAAUGAAGCCAAAUUUAGAGGGUAAGAAGAAGAGCAAGAAGAAGGGUGUAAUUAUUGAUGACAUGACGACCGUCGUCACUGAAUGUAGGAAUAGAUUUUAUGACAUUAUUGAGAUAGUUAAGCCUAAUGCCACUGGGAAGAAGAAAAUGAGUGAUAUCAUUUGGGCUCCUGUUCCGCAACAAAACAAUCUGCGAGACUGCGGCGUUCAUGUAUUAAUAUGGUUGAGUAAAUGGAAGCCCGGUGAGAUACUUCACUAUACGGAUGAACAAGUGGCUGAAUUCCGACGAAACCUCAUGUGGUGGCUAGUGAAUCAUGAGCUUAAUUCAAGACGUGAUGAAGCAUUAAGCUUGCUUUCAUCAACCCAAGCCACCACACUGACCAAAAGACGCCAUCUGUGA